GCCGCCGCUGGAUGUGGAUUUAAUAUAAGCGCCGCAAUAAGAUUGCUCGCAUCGUAUAUAAGCUGAAAGCUGGCUGAGUUUCAGUCCAAUAUAAAAAUUGAAUCGAAUUCGUUUUAGCUUGAUUUUUUUAAUGCAGUUCCAACCGCAUUCAGCUGAAGGUUCCACUUCGAUCUGCCAUUAUGUCCCAUGAUGAUAUCAGUGUGCUUUGCACGGCUCUCCUCUACACCCCCAUUUUUCAGAAUUUCCAUAAACGGGUGGAAAUAAAUAUGUUCAUUGAUGCUUAAACGGCAAGACUGCUGAUAGGGCAUCGUGAUUUGUGUUCACUCGUCUGCUUCAUCCAUCUGCCAUCAAACUGACAAAAAACAACGCUUGCGCGAGCCGCCUUUUGAUCGCCGCGCGAAACUUGCUUGUUUUGUUUGUGCCACAAAGUUCGCUUCUUUUGUGAUUGUUUUGUGAUCAGUGUUUUAAUUUAUUGCUAAUCGAAAGUAAAUUAGUGAAAUUUAUCACAAAUGGACCACAAUGAAGUCUACGGCGAUGACGAUCAUCAGAACAAUCUACCGCUUUCGCAGGACGACGAGGACGAGGAAGAAAUUCCCAUGACAUCUCAACAGUUACUGGAAAAUCUUCAACGAGCCUGGAUGAAUGAAAAGUUUGCCGUUCAGCUGCUACCGUACGAGGAGGCUAUCGUUGACAUGGUAAUGAGUCAAUUGGUGCACAUGGAGGAAAAUUUGGCCACCACAAACAAGAACGAUAUGCUGUAUAUUGCCCACAGGAUGGAGGUGGAGCGGAUUCGGUACAUAGUGGCAAGCUACCAUCGAUGCCGGCUGCAAAAAAUUGAAGAAUAUGCCUAUCACAUCCUGGAAGAGGAAUCCAAACGAACGGCCAAUAAUAAACGGUUAUCAGCCGGAGAGCUUCAGUUUGCGACGGAUUUCUACAACGGCAUGGAGAACCAUUUCUAUCAGUUGGCUGUACGACACAUACCUCAGAACCACCAGAAAGACGAACAUUUGCGCAAAGUGUCGCCAAACAUGGACAGCUACGUGUUCAUACGGGCCAAGGAGAACGUGGCGGAGUUUUCCAUCAGUGCCAAUCACGAAAUGAUCAACAUUGCCGCGGGAUCUAUCCAUAUGUUUAAGUACCGCGAUGUGGAACCACUGGUGCUGGAAGGAAUAGUUGAUUUGAUAUAGUGCAUUUUGUUAUUUAAUAUAAGGUUUGAUGUUUA